UAAAAAAUGAUGGAACCUAUUGAAGAGUGUGAUGAAAAUGUUGGAGCAUUCCAAUGGCAGCAAGCGUCUGAAACUUUGGCUGCUAUUCGUCAGCGGUUUGGGUUUGCGCUGGAGACGACUGAUCAGGAAGAUAUGCCGAGAGCAGUGAGGUUCACUUGGAACCUGAAGAAAACUUCAAUGCUGGAACCGGAUGAGAUUUUGAAAGAAAUUCAAAAAGUACUUGGAAGCUAUGGCAUUGAUUAUGAACAACAAAAACGAUUCUUGCUCCGCUGUAGCCAUGUGGAUCCUCUCACUGAUGCGUCAGUAAAGUGGGAAAUCGAGGUCUGCACACUACCACGCUUAUAUUUGAAUGGUGUGCAUUUUCAACGCAUUUCGGGAAGCUCGAGCGACUUUAAGAAUAUCAUCACAAAAAUAUCAGAAGAGCUUGACAUUUAAUUACUGGUUUUUUUCAUACGUCCCUUGAAAAAAUAAAUCAUUUACCAAUGCAGA